AUGGCCGCCUGUCAAAUGCUUUGUCAGUGGCUGGAAGACUGCCUGGCCUCUAGCACCUCCAACAGGCCGUGUGGGAUAAUGCAGACGCCAUGUUUAUGCUGGGACCCACCUCCGCAACUUAACCCUGUGGACGGAGGCUGCUUCCACAAUGGAGUUUACCUGGAAAACUGUUUGCCGAGUGCCAAGGAGAGCAAAAAGGAUGCGGAACUUACCGACAAGAUGUGGCCUGACAUCUUGAUCCUGCCCUCAUCCGGACUACAGCUAGAGGGAGAGAGCAUUUCCCGUCUCGUCUUUCGGCUCCAAACCCUCGCUUCAUCCAUCUUUGCUCUGAUUCCUCUCCCCAUCCCCCGUCGGACUGGCUCUGUGAUGUGA